UAGCGUCGAUAUGAACAGUAAAAGAAAUGUGGCAUAUUAUUAUUAUUAUUACAAAAAUCUAUGUUCAGUUCAAAUGAUUAUGCAAUCCACUUCAAUUGCUCCACGGCAUACUUGCUGCUAUUAUCCUGUCCCUAUACAUUUCUUCUCCCCAAAUCACCACCUCCAAAACAAGAAGACAGUCUCUGCAAAAUUCUCAAAAAAACUCUGCAUAAACAACAGUUUCAACAGUUCUACCGCAACAAACAGUUGUAGCGAAGAUCAAGAAAAGAAUCAGAAGCGUUAUCCAAGAAACGACCCAGAUCAAGAAAAUCUCAAAUUAUGCCAAGAAUUUUACUCUUCUAUUGAAAACCCAAAGGCCCAAUUUAGGAAGAGUGAAAGGGAGCCAGAAAGUGAUAUAGAUAGCCUUUUGGGCAUUUCAUCAAACAUCUGGUGGACGGAUUUCAAAGCUUACUUGGGUCAAAGAAUUAAUUUAGAAGGUGUUGCUUCUUCUGUGGGACUUUUGUCCAAAGACAAACACUUGGCAAUCCCACACGUUUCUGUGCCUGAUAUACGGUAUGUUGAUUGGGGUGAAUUGAAGAAAAGAGGGUUUAAAGGUGUGGUCUUUGAUAAGGAUAAUACUAUUACUCUUCCUUACUCUUUGAGCUUGUGGGAGCCACUUGGAUCAUCCAUAGAGAAGUGUAAAUCAUUGUUUGGUAAUGAUAUUGCAGUGUUCAGUAACUCUGCAGGACUCUAUGAGUAUGACCCUGAUGGUACAAAAGCUAAAGUUCUUGAGGAUGCUAUCGGGAUAAAAGUGAUUAGGCAUAGGGUUAAGAAGCCAGCUGGAACUGCUGAAGAAAUUGAGAAGCACUUUGGUUCUGAGUCUUCAAGACUCAUCAUGGUGGGUGAUCGGCCCUUCACGGAUAUUGUUUAUGGAAAUAGAAAUGGUUUUUUCACGAUAUUGACUGAACCACUUAGUCUUGAAGGGGAGCCAUUGAUCGUACAGCAGGUGAGGUCUCUUGAAGUGGCUCUUGUGAGACGAUGGUCUGGAAAAGGGUUGAAGACAAUCAAUCACAGCCUUCUUCCAGAUCCUGGGAAAUGUGUAAAAGAUGUACCUCUCUAAAUGUUAUUUAUGCAUCGUUUAUGCUUAAGAAAAGUCAAUUUUUUGCAGUUAAUUGUUUAUUUUAUUUUUUUGCGUCAAAGAUUCAGGUAUCCGUUAAUUGACUACAUUUUGCCAACAUUUUUUCAUUCAUGAUACAGUUAAAAUCAUUGCAGAACGAACUUGAAGUGGUGCAUCAGCACUCCUCUUUAUGGUUUAUUCCAAAGUUCCAUAAUUCGUGUUCAUUUGUGCAUUAGUGUUAUGAAAAAUAAGUACUGUCUUAGAAUUCAUGGACGAUUUGAUAUCACUAACGAUAAGUAAUUUACUUUGCUGAAAACUUGAUGGAAAUAAUCUUUGAUCCCCAACUGAUGUUGUCUUUCUCGGAGGAGUAAUCACUCGUUAACUCAAUGCUGAGGUAAUGCUUUGAUUCUCAAAUUUAAUUGUAUUCUUAGAUUUUCUUGUAUUCUUUACUGUAUGCAAGUCAAGGCAUGUUUAAUCAAAUUGGAGUUAUGGUU